GGUCAGGCGCAUGCGUAUUAGCUCCAGGUCGAGAUUCAGCUGCAACUCACAGGUCUGUGAUCCCGUUCCUCUUGAAAACACAGCAGUAACCUCGUCUUUUCUUUGUUUUGAACAUGUUGCUGAUAAUGGUGAACGCGACGGGUUCCUCUCCUCCAUAAUUCAUUGGCGUCUCACUCCAGAUGCAGAAUGCGGUGCUCUGUGCUCCACCUGCUCCGCUGCGUGCGCUUGCGGCUGUGCAGCAGGCGAGGAAGGAGCCGGCUGCCCUUAUGGGCUCAGAGAAUACAAGCAUACAUAAAACUGCUGGCGCAGUCGCUUUGUUUCAACUCCCUAACAGACUCUGAUGUUGUUUUUGACUCCAUUUUUGAACCAGUAUUUGUGACAGUAGACUACGUCACCCGCUGGUUUGGCAUGGUGUUUGUUUGCUUAGUUGUGAUAUUGACCAGCUCCGUUGUGAUGAUCACCUACAUAGUGCUCCUGCCUCUCGCCCUGACCACUUACUCUCCUGCAUGGAUUGCUUGGCAUUCACUUUAUGGAAACUGGAACCUCAUCAUGAUAGCUUUUCAUUAUUACAAAGCUAUUAAGACAUCUCCGGGAUAUCCUCCGGCUGAAAAAAAUGACAGGCCAUUUGUGUCAGUCUGCAAAAAGUGUAUCAUGCCCAAACCAGCUAGAACCCACCACUGUGGUAUCUGUAACAGGUGCAUUCUAAAAAUGGACCAUCACUGUCCCUGGUUGAAUAACUGCGUUGGUCAUUUUAAUCAUCGUUACUUCUUCUCCUUUUGUCUCUUCAUGACCCUGGGCUGCGUCUACUGCAGCAUCAGCUGCAGAAACAUGUUUCUCGAUGCCUAUAACAGUCUUGAACGCUUUAAGCAUUUGGAUUCGGAAAAGCCAGGGAUACCUGUAACAGGGAUGGGACUUCUUCUAGGGCUUCUACCAUCUGGGCAGACAAACUUUCAGACACCUGCACCUCCAUACACCUUUAAGGAAAAGAUGUUUCACAAGAGUAUCGUCUACAUGUGGGUGCUCACCAGCACAGCGGGAGUGGCCCUGGGAGCUUUAACCGUCUGGCAUGCAGUUCUCAUAUCUAGAGGAGAAACCAGCAUAGAAAGACACAUUAACAAGAAAGAAGCAGUCCGACUGGCCCAGUGGGGAAAGCUUUAUAAAAACCCUUUCAACUACAGUAAACUGAACAACUGGAAAAUCUUCUUAGGGGUGGAGAAAAAAAGUCACUGGGUGACACGUGUACUACUUCCCUCUGGACACCCUCCACAUGGAGAUGGUCUGACAUGGGACGUCUUUCCAGUUAAAAGAGAUUUGAUUGCUGUAUAACAGACUGGUUAUAUUUUUAAAUCAUUGCACAGAAACCAGAUUUUGGGCUCGGUGGUUCAACUCCACUAAAUCAGAAAUCAUCAUAUCACCUUCUUUUACCUCAAGAACGUUCCUUGUGGCUCUGCAGCAUUUAGGCCAGUUUUACAGCAAGGCAAUGCUACAGUGGUCUGCUUUAGCUGGAUACAACUCUGUCCUGAAAUCUGGCUUUACUUGACUCAGAGCUUUGUGUUUAGUAAUAGAGUUUUUAUAUGAUACUGACUGAACUGUUAAACAUGUCUAGUUUUUCUAAAGUAUAAUAGUCCAGCUUUUCUGCCAAAGCUGAUUUUUUUUAUUUAUAAAGAAAUGGAGAAAAAAAAAGAAAGAAAAUAAGUUGUCAAUUUCAAUCCCUGCCCUUUGAGACACCCCUGUCCAAGAAUAUCAUGCAAAUAUUAAGAUAUCUAAUUAUUGUUCAAAUGUUAUUUAUCUGUAUUUUGCAGCUCUUAAUGAAUAAAUCUUUAACACAU